CACACGCAGCGUUGAUAUAUGUGAGUGUUUCAGCGGUGCUCUCUGAGUUUCCAGUGAGACACACUGAGCUGAGGGUCCAGCUGCCUGCUUCUCUCUCUCUCUCUCUCGCAGAAGUGUUGAGCUCGGAUCGUGGAUGAGCUUCAGCAGCACAGAGCGCGAGCUGCGGACCGCAGACCCCGGGACUCCCGCGGAGAAGCUGCUGCGUCUGAAACGCUCGCUCACAUUUAUGCGGAGUAAAAGUGUGGAGAACUUCUUCCAGCGUUCUCAGAGCGAUGCUUACCUACCAAAAGAGCUCUUCUCUGGUGCCAUGCCUUCUUCCCCGCACCUGUUUACUGGGCCUGCACCUGGUAACAGCAGUGCUGUUUCGCCCUCCCCCAGCAUCAGCCCGAGACCUGCUCCAUUCGGUGUGCAGCCGCGACCAGCACAAACACACUCCUUCCUCGAGCAUGUGUUCCGGCGACCCACCAGCUGCAGUCUGUGCAAGCUCAUUAUUGCAGGAAACUCUAAACAGGGACUGCGCUGUAGAACAUGUAAGAUGGGAGCUCAUCUUUGGUGUGUUUCUGAAUUCACAGAGAAACCAUGCCAAGGAAAGUCUGGCAUGUUCAAGAGGAACUUAAGCACACCUGUGCUGACCAAUGAUCAGUUAUGUGCUGUAAAGACACAGGAGGAUUGUAAUGCAUCACAGGCAGUCAGGUGCAAGGAUGAAAGACUACAGCUUCUUAAAUUAGAGUCAAAAGCUCAGCUGGACCCUGUGUAUGCUACACUUCGCUUCGGAACUUCUCUGGCCAGCACCAGCCGAUCUAGCUUUGGGAGUUUCUGUGAAUCUCAGAGCCAAAGCCUGGAUGAAGAGGAUGGUCAGCAGAAGGACGAGUAUGUGUCCACUGAGGAGGAAAAAAUGACUGAAAACCAGAUAAAGGAUGUCUCAACUGAGAAUAUCAACUCUGAACUGGAUGAGAUCUCCCAGAUUCCUAAAGUUCACCCCAUUCACACUUACGUGGCACUUUACAAGUUCUUCCCUCAAGAGCAGAAUGACUUAGAAUUACAACCUGGUGACAGAGUUAUGGUGAUUGAUGACUCUAAUGAAGAAUGGUGGAAGGGAAAAUGUGGUGAUAAAGUUGGAUUAUUCCCAGCUAAUUUUGUGCAGCGAGUGCGUCCAGGUGAACGUGUCUGGAAGGUGACGCAAAGUGUCCAUGGCAACAAAGACUUGGGCCACCUGGCUGUUAAAGAGGCUCAGAUUUGUGUGGGUAAAAAAGAAGAAACUGAUGGCUUUCUAAAACUAAGCAGCGGUAAGAAGAGAGGUCUGGUCCCGACUGAUUCACUGGAGGAGAUAUAACAGCUUAUAGAGUCGAACACAGUCAUGAACAACAUUUAUCAUGAUACAGCAACAUAAUUUACCACAUAAACCUGGUGUAUUAUGUCAAAUGUAUACGCACAUAUUAGCUGCAUUAAAGAGCUGUGGUUUGUUCAACCUGAUUGGAUCAUCAUAAUUUAUGUUUCUCUACCAACAUGUUCAUGUUUCUUAGUUUUUUGUGAUUUUUUUUCUUUUCUUUUCUUUUCUUUUCUUUUCUUUUAUUUUCUUUUCUUUUCUUUUCUUUUCUGUUAUUUAGGGAAAGUGAUAUGUUGUUGCCAUAUAUAAUUCCUAGUGUAUAGUGGAAUAGACAUUUAACGACUCCUGGGGCAAGUUGUAUAAACUGUUUAGACUAGUCUUAGAAAGUAAUCUAUUUUAUUUCUUCAAGACCGGUGAUAACUUUUUUAAUUCGGUUACGAAUGUCUUAUUUGUAUGGGAAAAGUAAGAUUGAUUACCCCUUGGCAACUGCUAGUUGGUCAAAAUAGUUCUUAAGACAGUCUUAACAUGGUGACAAAGUUUAUGCAACUGCCCCUGGAGGAAAUUAAGGGUUAGUCUAAUAGAAGUCUAAGGGUUAAAAUAGAACUACUCUGAUUUUUCAAAACAAAAACUAUACUUCCAUUAGAAUACUAACAAUAAAUACAUGAGUAAUGUUUUUAAUUAAUAGAAAUGGUACUAAAAUAAUAUUAUGAACUGGUGAUAUGGUGAAAAUGAUUUUAAAAAGGGUUAUGUGUUUAUACAGUUAUGAAAGAAAAUUAUGUCUGUUCCAUGUAAUACUGUAUACCUAUUAAAACAUUUUUAUGUUAAAAUAUUCAGUAUUUUAUUGCACAGACUAAACUAGUUGCUUGCUGUUUUAUAGGAUGUGGUUGUAAAACAUGGAUUGUUUAGCAAAACAAAUAAAUAUUGAUGGAAUUCUA